UUGAAUUCAGAACUAGAGCUAAAGCGACAGCAUAUACUGAGUCUGAAUCAGGAUUUAACUAAUCAGUUAGUUGAAUUGGAGAGACAUUUCAAUGCCCUUGAACUGAACAAAUUCAGUCAAUAUGGUGGCCAUCACAUUGGUCGCGGAGCUUCACAAAAUAGAUAUGGACCUUCAAGGCACAUUCAGUCACUGCAUAGUUUACAGAAUGCAAUCAGGUCGCAACUUGUAGCUGCAGAGAGUCUCUCUGAAUGCCUUUCAAAACAGAUGACUACAUUGAGUUUAAGGUCCCCAACUGAGGAGCAAAAGAAUGUGAAAGAGCUCUUUGAAACAAUAGGAAUUCCCUAUGACGCUUCUUUUGGCUCUCCAGAUACAAAAGUUCUUAUGAAGACUCCUUCUAGUAAGAUGCUCUUGUUUUCUGAUUUGACUAGUAGUAAAGAAAAAUCCAAGAGAGUUCAAGGCAGUUAUAUGAAGAGUUGUGAACCAGAAACAGCUAGGAGGAGGAGAGACUCACUUGACCAGAGUUGGACCUGUUCUGAACCUCCUAAAAUUAUCAUCAAAAAGAUGCUGCUGUAUAUCAUCCAGGACUUUACCUAACACCAGCUCAGAGAGAAGCAGUUGAAGCAUUGAUUCAGGAACUUCCAAAGUUCAUGUUAAAGGUUGUUCCUACUGAUUGCAGUGAAUGCCCCAU